AUGAAAUCACUUUCUGCUUUUGCUGCCAUUAAACACUGCCUUGUUCUCCAAGCUGGCAUUGGAAUCUCAGCCAACGUCUUCCUCCUUUUCUUCCGCAUCUUCACACUCCUUCUGGAUCACAGGCAUAAGCUCGUUGACCUGAUCACCUCUCACUUGGCCCUUGUCCACCUAAUUAUGCUCCUCGUCGUAGUAUUUUUUGUGUCUCCGGAUCUGUUUGAAUCACUCAAUUUGCAGAAUGAUUUCAAGUGUAGGAUGUUGUUCUUCGUGAACAGGGUGAUGAGGAGCCUCUCCAUCUGCACCACCUCCCUCCUGAGCAUGCUUCAGGCCACCACCAUCAGCCCCAGCACCUGCUGGUUGGCAAGCUUUAAACAUAAAUUCACAAAUUACAUUAUUUAUGUUUUCAUUUUCUUAUGGUGUCUCAGUUUGUCUGGUAGUACUAACCUAAUCUUCAACACUGUAGCUUCUUCAAAUGUGACCCAGACCAAUCUACUAAAUAUCAAUAAAUACUGCUCACUUUCUCCCACGAGCUACAGCCUCAGGAGUGUGAUGUUCACCCUGACAACAUCCAGGGAUGUCUUCUUUAUAGGAAUCAUGCUGCUCUCAAGUGCAUACAUGGUGAUUUUCUUGUUCAGGCAUCAGAGGCGAUCCCAGCACCUUCACAGCACCAGCCUUAUUCCAAGAACCUCCCCAGAGAAAAGGGCCACACAGACCAUCUUGCAACUGGUGAGUUUCUUUGUGGUCAUGUACUGGGUGGACUUUAUCAUCUCAUCUUCUUCAACCUUGUUAUGGGCAUAUGACCCAGUCGUCCUGGACAUCCAGGGUUUUGUGGGCAAUGUCUACGCUACUGUCUGUCCUUUAGUGCUAAUUAGAUCUGAUAAAACAAUAAUCAGUAUUUUACAAAAUAUGUGGCAGAAGUGCCAUCAAUUUUUAACAAGGUAG